AUGGUAUUUAUUGAACAAGAACGUCAAAUCCAUACAGACCUGAGGGGAUUACCUGUGAACAAAAUGUGGAAAGUUCUGAUAGCAUUAAGGUUUUAUGCGACUGGAUGCUACCAAUUGGUUAAUGGAGAUAUGUUUGAAUUAAGUCAGUCAACUAUUAGCCGAAUUGUAAAAGAUGUGUCUUUGAGAAUUGCCAACAAUUUAAGGGCGUGGGUCAAUUUUCCUUUACCUAAUCAAGUAGAAAUUGUCCAAAAUAAAUUUUACCAAAUAUCCAAAUUUCCUGGAGUUACAAUGGCUAUGGACUGCACACAUAUACCCAUUAGUAGUCCAGGGGGUGAACAAGCAGAAUAUUUUCGGAACAGAAAGGGGUGGAUGUCAUUGAACGUUCAGCUAAUAGUAGGACCUGAUAUGGAAAUUUUUGAUGUUGUGACCAGAUGGCCUGGAUCUGUUCAUGAUUCAAGAAUUUUCCAAAAUAGUAGAGCAUUAGAAUUAAUGGAAAACGGGCUGGUAAAAGGUAUAUGUAUUGCUGAUGGUGGUUAUGCACAAACACAGUUUGUAUACACCCCACAUCCAAAUCCAAUUACGAAUGCACAAAAAAAAUAUAACUAUUCUCAUAUCAGAUGA